AUGAAUAGGAGGACAAGGACAUUACUUCCCACAACUGGUUCUCUCCUGGAACCAAGACCCCUGAGCUCUAGUCACAAGAGAGAGAAGCUGAAAGACGUUCAAAAAAGGCAGGCUCUAUACUACAAUUCUGAUGCCCAUGACUUACCUGAAUUGAAUGAGGGAGACAAAUUGAGGCUGAAACCAUUUGUACUGGGGCAAAAGGAAUGGAAGAAGGGAGUGGUUGUUGAACGACUUGACGAAAGGUCAUAUGAAAUUGAGACAGCAGAUGGGUCUUCCUAUAGGCGCAACAGAGCCCAUCUGAAGAAGACUAAUUAGUCACGCCCUGAAGCAACCAGUGGUGAAUCACAGCAAAUACCAGACAGCAACAUGUUAGGCCAUGGAAGAAGGACCAGCAAACUGCCUCCUGAGGAUACCCUUACUGAGCCACCACAAAUGUCAAGCUGCCCUGACGAGCCAGAUGAGCCCUCACUUCGCAAAGAAUCAGGCACUAAAAGCCUACCAUGUAGUGAACCCUACAAAGAGCUGGACUCAGGAAUUAGAACCCAGUCAGGAAGACUGGUCACUAGACCUUCAUACCUUAAGGACUUUGUAGCGUGA